GGGAAGGACGCGUUCAUUGGCAGAGCACACAUAGUUUUCGCGCACCGCACGUCCACACCAUGAGACAGCACAACACACCGCUCACAUGCUGAAUCGACUACUACAGGGACACAUACACACACACGCGAACGAGGACAAGACAGCCACAGAGCCAUAGAUGCCACAGACGGACCACGCACACACAGGAGGCAUAGUAUGCGCCUACGUGUAUGUGUCCUCACACCAAGACAUAAAAAACACUUAGACUCUCUGGCACACAGGCCGCCAUGGACAGCACACUCACUCCUUCACUCAGCACCGGGGCAGACACUCACCCAGGCACACAUGAGUGUGACGAACACAGCCGCCCCCACAUGUGUGUCUGUGUGCACUCUCUCCUACUCUAUGCUGAUCAGCCGCAGCUGAACGUAGCGGCCAUAUCCGGCUGGUAAAAUAAUUUGCCUGACCUCCCCCUCACUCAUCGACAGCACCGCCUCACGCAGCCACCCAUACAGACCAGACACACGACCCACCCGCCCACGGUCAUCGUAGUAUUUGUCCUGGCCGUCGAAUGCAUCACACCACGUUAUCCAGUCGUACUUGACGCGGUCGUUGUUGUAAUUUGUCGGCACUCUGCCGGUGCCGUCCGUGACGAUGCGAUACCGAUUACCUAACGGGGUCACAGUGAAGCCAUCACCGCUGCAAAAAGGACAAACAAGACAGAUGGAUGGCGAGGUCAUCUUUCCUGCGCUGCUCUCCAUCUGCAGACCUGAUGACGCCGUACAUGGCCGCGUUGACAUCAAAGGCCCUCUGCGCCUGCUCGUCGGUCAGCUGCAGCGGCACACUCGCUUCUUUAGGUGAGGCGCCGUGUCGUUGACGGCGGUGGUGGUCGAUCAUUCGGCUCAUGUGGUCGGGCGGCACGUCGUUAACGGAGCCGCCCCACCUGAAAUGGUUGGCACACAGGACACGAUGAGCACCCGUGUCUGAUUUUCUUGUUGUUGGUUUUGUAAUGUGAUCUCAUCACUCACACGGAUGCACUGUUGCGCCGCUUGAGUGCCAUAUCCUCCGGCAUCGCGUCGAUGGUCGACUGACACGUCGAGAGGACUUCUCCACACACAUCGACAGAGCGAACGGGGUCAUCGCCGUCGAUGGGCGCGAGGAAUGAACUCACAGCCUGGCAAUACAAACGACGAGCGAAUGAAUCCUCGGACGGUUUCCCUUUGUGAGUGCGUGUCGCUCACCUCUAUUUCGGUCAUGAGCUGCUCGUAUCGCAUUUUCUCUGUGUGCAGCUCCCCUUCGAGUUGUCGGUUCUGGUCAGCAUGGGCCUCGAGGACGUUGUUCAGUGCCACGAUGAGACCCCUGGCUGCGUCGGGGAUGCCCUCUGCAGUCACUGAUGGCUCCUUGCCGGCCGGCUGAGCGGUGUCGUCACUUGCGGGUGUCUUGUGGACGGGCGAGAGCAGCUUCUUGAUCCAGAAGUCAUGCAAACCUACAUAAACACACAGACAGCUGAAAAGGUGUACACGCGCCCCGUCGUAUGUGUCUGUGAUCUGUGUGAAUACCUUUGUUUCCACGCUUGUCAGCCUCGGUCAGUAGGCGGGAGACCGAAGGCACACUUGCCCCGCCCUUUCGAGCGGCCUGCUGGACGGUCCUUGCCUCCAGGAUGGCCGUGUGGAUGGUGUUGAAGGCCUCCGAGUCCAUGUUGAGGAACACCCGCUGCUUGUCGUCCUUGAUGAAUCGGUUGUCGAACUUGCCGGAGAAGAGCGCCGCCAGCAGAGUGCCCUCCACGCCCUCCCCUUGUGUCAUGUGGUUGCGCAUCACCCGCCGCUCCGUGCCGCCCACAUUCAGCUGCAGCAUGUCAUUUGCCGACGCCGCCGGUGGGUCAGCGAUGCAGUGGCUCUCCUUGAGCUGAGCCGUGCUCUCCCUUUCGACCGUGAUUUGUUGCUUCAGUGGGUUGAGGCUCUCACAGAGGAUGACGGCCGGUCUGUGGAAGCUGUCGAGGACGACACGCUCCGGACAUUGGGCGGUCAGGCUGUCGCUGUCCACCACCGCCGGAAUGGACCAGUCUGCGGCGAUAGAUCUGUCCAUUUCCCCUCCUCUGUGCCACCGUUGGGUCUGAACCGCACACAGACGUAAAGAUGUGAACAGAUCUAGGCCUUUGUCGGUGCCUCUCCGACUUCCCUGACCUUCGUUGCCCUUCGGGAGGUUUGCGGAGGUUUCGUUUGGUUGGUUAUUGUGUUUAACGAGACUCGUGUCUGUAACCCCGAGGGGAUCCUGUCCAGUUCACGCACUAAACUAGCAGCAUGCACAUGCAUAGAAGCAUGCACACGGCCUGUCUCCCCAUCCCACCCACCCACCCACCCACUCGACACGCACGUGCCACCCUACAUUGAUGGUUAGAAAAUCGCUGUCGACAACGGUUGCAGGUAUAUGAGAAUGACAGCCAGACAUAGGCAAGACACCCAGAGGCUAGUCAGAGAGCU